AUGACCACCAGGGUUACCGCCGAGAAGGGGAGGGAGGGGGGUUGCGCCGGCAAGGAAGAUGAGGAGAGAGAGAGAGGGUGCAGUCACGCCUCCUGGCUCUUCGCACGUACUGAAUGGAUGGGAUGGAGGCAGGUUACUAAGGUGGUAGUACCAGUGAGUUGCUUAGCUCUGGGACCCGGACCACCGCCUGGAAUAAGGCUAGUGCGCAGCACUAAAAAGAACUCGUUCGCUAUGAGCAGAUCCAAUCAAUCCGCCCUCCAAUGUCCAGAAUAUACAGGGCGGCAGACGAGCAUAAAAGCAUAUGCGACCGGCACGAUCUGGAGGUCAAGUCUGGGGAUGAUCGCAGGAAUGGAAGGGUUCGAGCGUGUGAAGUGCAGGCUGUUUGAAAGUAGGGGAUCACGUGGCAAAGGUCACCGGUCAGACAGCCCGGUAGAUGGUCGGGAUGAGCGACAGGGGAGCACGGAAGUCAAGGGGAAUCAGCCCAGGUGCGGUGGUGUUUUGAUGUGGUCAAGCAAGCCGGUUGAUGAUAGUGGAGAGGAAUUAGCAGAAGAAUACGCAGAGCCCGAGGGGGCUGCAGAAUUGGGGCCAGACACUCUCAGAACUGCUACGACUGGCUGGUCCAGCAUUGGGACGGAGAUGCCCCGUACCUUGAAGUUUGCACGCCCUGAUUACCCCCCAUUGGAACCGGUUAAUCACUAUGAGGUCUGUCGUACCAACUUAUCUUUGCCGGCACCCAUGGUGAUGGUGAACCACGCUCCUCAGAGAAUUCAGAUUAACUACUAUUGCACAGACAUGUGGAUGAUAAGGAUACCAGCAGGAUCCCCCAUACUUCAUUUGAUUCAGACUGAUCCUUCGACUCGAGGUCAUCCGGAACACGUUCCGACUCGUGAACAGGCCUAUGCCGUCCUAUGUAGCAGUCGCACCCAGUUAGAAAUAUCACCAAAAUUGGGAGAAGUUAUGAAAGGACCUUGCUCGUCUUUUAUUCCGCGGGCGCUUCUAGGACGAAUCGGAGGUAGCCAAGAGUCAAGGUGGUCUCAACCACCACUGACAAGGUGA